UUCCAAUUUAGAAAAUUUUGUAUUCUAGUGUCAAAAAAUAACUCCACUCAUUAGUAAAUUGCAUCAUUCGACAAAUCUCCCAAAAUUUACCGCAGGCGUUGAAAAAAAUAAAUAAAUUCUAAACAUUGUCAGAUCUACCAGGUAAGCUCAGUACUCUCAAGCGCCUGUAGAAUGCUUAGAAAUCGCGAGUACAUACACGUUCUAAAUAUAAAAUUCUUACGUAUACACGCGUGGAUCGACGCUACAGUAUAGAUAAGCAUAUAGGUGCCGCUUCAGUCAGCCGCUAGCAUCGACGUCUCAACAUACCAACGAUAUGUUCGCACUUCCUCUACUCGGCUAAAAUUUUUUUACUUAAAUUCAUCCUAGUCAUCGUCUUUCUUAAAGUUCGCAAAAUAGACAUGAAUGAAACUUACUUCGACAGUCAGCAUAGCAAGUAUCGCGACGAUACUAUUUUCGACUACGUCAGCAGCGAAUUCUUGACACUAGUGGAGAAGGACCGUAAAGUAAGCGACGAGCACUUGCACGCGGUUGUUCAAGAAAUUCUCAAGUUGAUGAAACAAGAUGAUCUUUUCAAUUUAAUGUUCCGAGAAAUUAAGUAUGUUGGUAGUUACUAUAAAGGAACGAAAUACGGUACUCCGGAAGAGUUUGAUCUGAAUUUCAUCAUCUAUCUGCCGAUUGAUUACGACGAUAUAAGAAUCGAUACGAAUCACAAAAAUUUCGGUUUCGUGAAAAUUAAGCUCGAUUCGAAGGCAACACUGGAUCCUGAAUGGCAAGAAUACAGUCACGAACUAGACGGAUUAUUGGCUAGGGAUAAUUAUUUAAACCAGAAAAAGUUCCGUAGUUGGGUGGAGAGCGUUUUCAAAAAUGCUCUGUCGUGCUAUGAAACCUACGACGGAUACGAAUUUUUUAUCAACGAUAAGUUAUAUCACAUUAAGUACAAAAAAAGUGGCCCUGCAUUUACGCUUAUGAUCAGAACCGAAGACGAAAUCGAAAUAGACGUAGAUAUUGUUCCUUGCUUGGAAUUCGGUCACAUGCGACUGAAGAACGGAUUCAAGCCAAUGAAUAAAGAACUUAAUAAGACUUGGAUGGUGGUUGCGAAACCUUUACCUCAAAAUAAUCCAGAGAGCAACGUUCUAUGGAGGCCUUGUUUUUACCAAUAUGAAAAAAACAUUUUGGAGGGAGCUCUAAAACCCGUCAUUCGGAUGGUGAAAAAAUUGCGCGACACAAGGUGCUGGAACAAUUUAGCCAGUUACUACAUUGAGACGUUGUUUUAUCAUGAGUUGAAAAAGCACAGUUGUAACGAGGUUGUUAAAGAACGUUAUUUGAGAUCUUCUAAGACGUGGCUAUUUAUGCAUGCACUGAAUCAGCUACAAAAGGCACUAGAAAGGCAAGAGAUUCCGUACUAUUGGCAUCCAAAGUUUAAUUUGCUUGGUAAGAUAGACGAAAAAGUACUGAAGCGUUAUGCCGUGGAUUUGAAGAAGAUAAUCGCAUUUAUAGAUUCAAACCUCGAAAGCAAUUACAUGGUUCUAGCAGAUGCCGUUUUGGAAAAGAGCGAAGCGCGAGCGAUAAGGAGAAGAGAGAAACAAGAUUGUGUGCAGUAUCUUAAUUUCCGUCGACGUAAUGAAUUUGAUCUUAAUUCAGAGCACUGUAUAUUUGUCUUAGCUAUAAUAUUGUUGCUUUUAAUUUAUGAAAUUUUACAGAAAAGAGCUGAGACUGAUGUGCGUGAUAUUGCUGUCUGAGUUUUUGUAGUUUUAUACUUAUAAGUAAGAUUAUGAAUGUGUGAGAAACUUCAGAAAUGUACAUACACAUGCAUACAUCGUCACAUGAAUUUCAUAGACACGUAGUCGUAUCAUUCAAUAAUUUUACAAAUCCAUUGAACUACAGUAAGUUAAAGCAUGACAAUAUAUGCUGUGAUAUUACUUUUAAGUUCUUAAGAAAUGCAUUUUGAUGAAUGAUAUAGGAAUGAAACUAUUUUUUAAAAUAAAACGUAAUUGGUUAUGGUAUGAAUGAAAGCUUGGAUUGAAAUAAAAGUCCCAACUAAUUGGUGGAGGAUUGUACGAUUAACCAAUACUUCAAUGUAGAAAAAUUAUAAAAUUUUUAUUCUCCAGUUAACUAUAUUAAAUAAGUCGUCUUACAGAUCGAAUUACAAAAGUACCGACAUCAGUCAAACUGUGCUUGCACAAUAUUCUUCUGAUUAGUCCUGUAAAUGUAUCAAUAUAAGCGUAGAAUUAUUAUCUAGGAUAUAUGUUUGUAAUUUACGAAAAUAAAUAAUUUUUUCUGCAA